UUCGUCUUUUUUAAUUGUAUAAUUGACACAUCUGAUCUAAAUUUCAUAAAAGAAAAAAUUAUAAAAUUGGUACCGUAUCAGUUAAAAUGUUAACGGCACCCGUCCCUACCUAUAAACCAAAGCUGACACUAAGUUUUGAUUAAUAAUGUCUUUUUAUAGAAUUAGUUUUUUGUUUUGUUAAAACAAAAAUCAAAAUGGCCCUUGCGUUCCUUGAUUUUUCAAAGUAGGUAUAUAUGUGAUGUAGUAACAUUUAUAAUAACAUUUAAUAAUUAUGUAUUUGCUAAUUUUAAGCAUUCGCCACACAUUUCAAUAACGCAUCACAAUUUCUACUUUAUAUUUUCUUCUUCACUGAUAAUUACUCACUGCAGACUUCAUGAGAGCCAACACACAUAAUAAAACAUCACUUACUGUACAAUGUCCGCUGCCAUUAGGAUGCUGACUGCUAGGAUGUUCAUAUAUUCCCAUUUAGAUGAAGAGUGACUCAACGUCCUCGUGGAAAACAUCUUUUUCGUGUCGUUCUUGCCAUUCCCGGGUCUAAAUUGGCUGUCAAAGUGUACCAACUCGUCGGAAUACGUCCUCAGCCUUCUACUAUCCAGGGGAGAGGCAUGAUUUAUGACGAGGAAGGAAACACGAAAGUUAGUGCUUAUAAUAACAAUACCGCCAACACUUGGUUAAUAUUCAAGUCCUGAAAUGUAAAUGGGGUAUUGUUGGCGCUUUUUGGAUGUUUUUUUAUUGGGUUUUAUGGGACAAAUAGUGGACCUUGGGCUUUUAUUUACGAGGUAGAAUGCAUUAAAAUUUAAAAAAUCCAUCCGUCAUGUCUUUCAUAAUGAUUGUGAACGAUAGGCAAAAUUCCCCCCAAAAAAGUGCAGUUCCCCUUUAAGUCUCUAAAGUCUAGAUCAACUUGUGAUCUACCCGUUAAUUAAUUUUUAAAAUUAUUUUUGCAUGUUUUUUUAUGCCCUUUUAUCAAAGAACAUUUUUAUUUUAUGGCAAACACAUAAAAGAUGCAAUAUUUUCCCAAAAAAUAUUUAAUAUUGGAAUUUUUUAUUUGAAUUGGAGCUUUGAAUAGGUCAACAAUUUACAAAAUGUAUUUGAAUGCAUUAUAUUUUUUUGUGCAAUAACCGUUUAAAAGAAAAUCCCACUAAAAUGUUUAGGGAUCCAAAAGGGCCCCCUUAUAAAAGUGUUAGAAAUUAGUCGUAUAUUCUUCUUCUUUUUAUUUUUUAAAUUUAUUUUAUUAUUAUUUUUAAUCGCACAUCAACUUCAGGUCUACAUUAAAAGCAUGUUUUAUGCCCUUUUUGUCAGAGAAAACCCAGUUUUUUAUUAUAAAAAUACACACUUUCAAAGUGGAAUAGUUAAUGUGAAUUAAUUGGAAGCUUGAAUAGAUCAAUUAUUCUUUUUUUAAGCAAUGACAGGUUAAAAAUAUCCCAGUAUAAUUAUCUGGAAUCCACUCAAAAGUUUAAAAAAAAUAAGUUCUAUAUUUUAAAUUUUAAUUACAACGCUUAAAUCUCUAGUUUAGCUUCAGAUCUGUUUUCAAAUUUGUAUGUUUUUUGUUUGUUUUAUGCCCUUUUUGUCAAAGAAAACUUGUGUUUUAUAUGGCAAACGAGUGGAAUAUUUGAUUUUAAAAAGUGCAGUUCCCCUUUAAGACGUGUAGUCUUGGGGUUCAGAAGUGAAUACACCCUGACUCUACCUGCAGUGGCCCCCAGGUAAAGUGAGUUCGAGACCCCCGCCUUACACCUUUUCGCUCUUUCUCCUAACAUUUUCACCGUUGCUUAACGAGGCACAGUAAAGGCAGAAUGAUAGUAGUUGCCAACCAUCCAUGGUGCGGCUGCUCCUCGCUCCAUGCUGCACUGACCGGCUGCGACCGGUCACAUGGUCCUGCCUGAGACCCUCCUCCCCCCGGACGAGGUGCCCGUAUAAAAGGCGUGGCUCGCCCCUCCCGGACACACUGAGACCGACAAACAGCCAGCUUGGACGGCCCCGACACGCCUGUGCUGCCCUUCAUGGAUGCUCCAGCAGUAUCCUGCGUGGAAUUGACGAGCACUGAUCCUCUCCUGUGAGUGUUGGGACCGUUGCUAUGGCGAACAGAGGACCCAGUUACGGACUGAGCCGGGAGGUGCAGGAGAAGAUCGAGCAGAAGUACGACCCGGACCUGGAGCAGAGGCUGGUGGACUGGAUCGUGGCCCAGUGUGGAGGCGGCGUGGAGAAGCCUGCGACGGGCAGGCAGGGCUUCCAGCAAUGGCUGAUGGACGGAAUAAUCCUGUGCCGACUCAUCAACAGCCUCCAUCCGAAGGGCAAGGAGCCCAUCAAGAAGAUUCCAGAAUCCCAAAUGGCCUUCAAGCAAAUGGAGAAGAUCUCGCUGUUCCUGCAGGCGGCAGAGGCCUACGGCGUCACCACCACUGACAUAUUCCAGACGGUCGACCUCUGGGAAGGUAAACCCUCAGACGCUCCACGCCAUCUUUGUGUUGGGCUUCCUGUCAACCGGCGGUGUCACGCAGGGAAGGACAUGGCCGCCGUGCAGAGGACCCUCAUGGCCCUGGGGAACGUGGCCGUCACCAAGGACGACGGGCAGUACAAAGGAGACCCGGACUGGUUCCACAGGAAAGCCCAGGGCUACCGGAGAGAGUUCACGGAGGAGCAGCUGCGCCAAGGCCAGAGUCUGAUCAGCCUGCAGAUGGGAAGCAACCGCGGCGCCUCCCAGUCGGGUAUGACGGGCUACGGUAUGCACCGCCAGAUCAUGUAGACCAGCACCUUCCUGCUCUAGCUUGCUUGUUUCUACUAACCUGCUGCCUGUGUAGCUCGGAGCCUCUCUCCCGUUUGCAGAACUCACUUACCUCAAACUGUCUCCGUACCUUUUCUUAUUUCAUGUUAGAGUAAAACCUGAUGAUCCUCAGGCCAUGCGUGUUCCUCAUGUGCCGUCAAAGCAUGCCAUGUAUUCUUCCUCACCUUUAGCGAUCACACUGGCUGACGGGGUGUGUCGCAGUAUUCCUCUUCACCUCGUGCCUGCUUCAUGGCUUCUAGACCAGGACCGGGUCCUGGUGGACUGGCCUGCAACCGUAGUACAUUUCUGUUGAUGCUAUAAUUAGUUUUUUUUUAAAUAAGAUGGCGUGGAGGUGUGUUAUGAGCUAGCGAGUCAGUGUCAUGUGCACUUUUAUGUUUGUAUUUUUCACUUUGUUUAUAUUUACUGGCAGGAAAUAAAGGAUGUGAUCAGA